CGCCCCCGCGCGGGUCCAGCCCUCUCGCGCUACUCGCCGGCGGGCGCUCGGCUCUCGCAGCCGCCCUAAAGACCUUUCUUCCCCGCGGGGAGGAAUCCGCAGGCGAGCCGAACAGCUCCCCUAGCAAAGUCCGCGGGCCACACCCAGCCGCACGGCCAGCUUUUGUCCCCCGCCAGCCGCCUCCGUCCGAGAGGCCGACCGCCGGGCGCAUCCCGGCCGCGAGCGUCCUGUCCCGGAGCCCGGGGCGGCUAGGGCGCGAGGCUGGCACCCCUGGGGAGCCGCGAGGCGAGAGCUGCAAAGAUGUAAAAGUCAAAAGAAGAGCCUAAAAAUAGCAAAGAUGCUUUUGAGCUGGAAUGCCUCCGCCAUCAGAUCACUUAUUUUGUUUCUCAUGGUGUGUAUCAGCCUCGCCUUUCAUAUUUCACGUGAUUUGCCUGAUUAUGCAAAUGAAUCUUGCACUGUAAAGAUAUCAUUGCGAAAUUUCCGGUCCAUCUUAUCAUGGGAGUUAAAAAACCACUCCAUCGUACCAACUCACUAUACGUUAGUGUACACAAUCAUGAGUAAACCAGAAGAUAUGAAGACGGUUAAGAACUGUGCAAAUACCACGAGAUCAUUUUGUGACCUCACAGAUGAGUGGAAAAGCACACACGAGCUCUACCUCAUCAACCUAGAAGGAUUCAGUGGGAACACAACCUUGCUCACUUGCACACACAUUUUCUGGCUAGCCAUGGACAUGUCUUUUGAACCACCAGAGUUUGAGAUUGUUGAUUUUACCAGCCACAUUAAUGUGACAGUGAAAUUUCCAUCUGUUGUUGAGGAAGAAUUACAGUUUGAUUUAUCACUCGUCAUUGAAGAACAGUCAGAGGGGAUUGUUAAGAAGCAUAAACCCGAAAUAAAAAGAAACAUGACUGGAAAUUUCACCUAUGUCAUUGACAAGUUAAUUCCAAACACAAACUACUGUGUAUCUGUUUAUUUUGAGUCUAAAGAUCAGGAGGCAGUAAUAAAGUCUCCCUUAAAAUGCACCCUCCGUCAGCCUUGCCAGGAAUCAGAUUCAGAAUCAGCAGAAUCUGCCAAAGUAGGAGGAAUAAUUACUCUGUUUUUGAUAGUAUUGGUCUUGAUAAGCACCUUAGUGACACUGAAACGGAUUGGUUAUAUAUGCUUGAAAAACAGCCUCCCCAAAGCCUUGAAUUUUCGUAACUUUUUCACCUGGCCAUUUCCUGAGCUGCCGCCGUUGGAAGCCAUGGAUAUGGUGGAGGUCAUUUACAUCAACAGAAAGAAGAAAGUGUGGGAUUAUAAUUAUGAUGAUGAAAGCGACAGUGAGACCGAGGCAGCCCCCAGGACAAGCGGCGGUGGCUAUACCAUGCACGGACUGACCCUCAGGGCUCUAGGUCAGCCCUCUGCCACCUCCGCAGAAUCCCAGUUUGUAGACCCAGACUCUGAGGAGGAGCCUAAGCUGCCUGAGGUUGAUGCAGAGCCCCCCACGAUGCCAACGUGCAGCCCCCAGCAGUUGGAACACUUGAGUGGGCUCUGUGAGAGGAGAGAGAGUCCACUCCAGGACCCCUUUCCCGAAGAGGACUACAGCUCCACAAAGGGGCCUGGGGGCAGAAUUACCUUCAAUGUGGAUUUAAACUCUGUGUUUUUGAGGGUUCUUGAUGACGAGGACAGUGAUGACUUGGAAGAAGCCCCUCUGAUGAUAUCAUCUCAUCCGGAAGAGAUGGUUGACCCAGAGGAUCCUGACAAUAUGGAAUCAAGCCAUGUGCUGGCCAGUGGGGAAGGGACACAGCCAGCCUUUCCCAGUCCCUCUUCAGAGGGCCUGUGCCCUGAAGAUGCUUCCUCUGAUCAAAGUGACACUUCUGAGUCAGAUGCUGACCUUGGGGAUGGUUAUAUAAUGAGAUGACUCCAAAACUAUGUAAUGAACUUGAACAGACUAGCACCUAGAGGGUUCUCUCUCCUUGUCCCCUCACUCGCUGCUUUAUGGUCUGCGAGUGUUCUCCAAGAGAAGGAGUAGGAAACUGUAGAGUGCCCCAUUCUUCCAGGUGACAUCACCUAUGCAGCUUCCCAGUAUGGGGAGCAUAGUACAAUUCAGUGUGUUGUUUACAUAUUCAAGGUGAUGCACUUUGAAGGAAACAUGUGUGCUCCUCCCUUUGCACUAAUGUACUUAGGAUGUCUCUACAUCAUGUUUCCCAGGGAGCAGGGUUCCCAGUGGUUUCAGAGGUGGUCCAGGGCCCUGCUACUACUUUUUUUUUAUUAUUUUUUGAGACACAGUAUCCUUCUGUCACCCAAGCUGGAAUGUAAUGGCAUGAUCUCAGGUCACUGCAACCUCUGCCUCCUGGGUUCAAGCAAUUCUCCUGCCUCAGCCUCCCUCAUAAGUAGCUGGGAUUACAGGCACCUGCCACCAUGCCCAGCAAAUUUUUGUAUUUAUAGUAGAGACGGGAGUUCACCAUGUUGGCCAGGCUGAUCUUGAACUCCUGACUUCAGGUGAUCUGCCCACCUCCACCUCCCAAAGUGCUGGGAUUACUGGCGUCAACCACUGUGCUUGGCCACCCCUAUGAUUUUUCUGGGAAAUAAAUUGGGCCAGGGUGGGAGCAGGGAAAGAAAAGGAAAAUACUUAGCAAGAGCUUCAAAGAUGGCAGGAAAGAAGGAGGAGGGACCAGUAAGCACCUGGAGAGAAGGAGGGCAACCUGCACAAGGAAACAGGGAAGAGCCAUCCAAGCUUCAGUCAGUGAGCCUUAGGCGCCUCAUCCAUGUCACAUUCUGUCUCCUUCACUCAAGAGUUCCACCUUGUCCAGCCCUCCCCAAUUAAAGUGGGAAAGAUAGACUCUAGGAUUAAACAAGUGAUGACGACAGAGGGGAAACAUGGCCUCGGGGAGAGGGAUAAAAAUCUGAGUGCCAUAUUUUAAGAUUAAAAAAAGCAAACACAAAGGUGUUUCAAAGUCUUCAGGAGAAAUAUGGCAUACAAGUUUCAGAGACCCUAUCUGACAAUUUUCAGAGUGCUCUCUGUGCUGAUUCCGAAUCGAAUGCACUACAUGUGAUUACAGUUCCUGUGAAUCUGGGUGGGGUGGGGGGGGAAGGAAGUCUGAUCAGGGGCAAUUGCUCCUGCCUCUAAUCCUAACACUUUGAGAGGCCUAAGCAGGUGGAUCCCUUGAGGCCAGGAAUUCAAGGUCAGCCUGGGCAACAUGGCAAAAGUCUGUCUCUACGAAAAGUAAAAAAAUUGGCAUGGUGGCAUG